AUGGAAAGCAGAGAAAACCUAUCUGAAAAGUCUGUCUCAUCAAAGACAAUCUCACAUAAUAUCGACCUUCUGAGCAUGUCUAAGAAGAGUGUUUCGAGUACAUCGCUAAGAAAAAGAGUGGCUCGUAGACGUCAAUUUUCAAGUCUGAGCGUCAGCACUAAUAAAGAGGAUUCCAGUGAUGAAGGGAGUUCACCAAGUUAUGAUUUGAAGAAAAAUUACAAUAUUAUAAAAUCUCUUGGCUGCGGCACUUACGCUUUGGUCCAAUUGGCUGAAGAAAAAGGCACUGGACGACAAGUUGCGAUAAAAAUAAGUAGAGGCAUUAAUUCAAGAGACCUUCUCAAAAGUGAAUAUGAUAUUUUAAGCAAAGUGUCUCACGAGAGAAUUAUCAAACCAUUAUCUUUCCAAGAGAAUUCAGCAAAGAAAGAGUCUUACCUUAUCAUGGAAUAUUUUGAAGGGCAAAAUCUAAAUGAAUUCAUUGAGGAAAAUGGAGUGUUGGGUCAGACAGAUGCACGGUUAAUUUUUAACCAACUUUUAUCUGCUGUUGAAGCUCUACAUAGUGCUAGGAUUGCUCAUAGAGAUAUUAAACCAGAGAACAUUCUGGUAAAUAAAGAUCUGCAAAUUAAGCUAGUCGAUUUUAACAUCAGUAAGGUUUAUAAACCAUUAAAAGAAGAUGAGAAAACUAAAUUCAGUUCAAUUUUUUAUACCCAUAUCAGUACUCCUCUCUAUGCAGCCCCAGAGCUCAGAACUUCCAUUGGAUACACUGAGAGCAUUGAUAUCUGGGGGUUAGGCAUUGUCCUGCUCUCUAUGCUUUGUGGAACACUUCAGGAUGAAAAACUUCCAAGCGGUACUGCUGAAAGAAUGCUAAGUUUGCAAGGAGUCAUUAGUCUCAAAAUUGAGGAAUCAAAAUGCUCAGAAUUCCUUCUGAGUCUUCUCUCAGAAGACCCAGAAGAGAGGCCUAUUGCCUCAGAAUGCCGUCUCUCCUCCUGGAUGAGCGAGGAGUAGGCUUAAUCUAAUAUAACUUAUGAAAAAUUUCUAAACUUUAAGU